AUGGCUCAAACGCCGCUGAAUAGCAAGACUGACGAAUCCAGCUCAAGUCCCUCGCAGACUGUGUCAAGCAUCGCGCAGUCGGAUGACAUUUCAGCCUGCGAAAUCUGCCACCAAAUCUGGACCCGUCUCACGACGCCUCCUAGCGGCAAAUACCACGAUACUGUCAAUCUAGGCUCCUUCGAAGAAGCCCUCUCCUCAAAAUGCAGCAGACACGUACCCAUUGUCAGGAUGUUCCACAAGCUUUGCAGUAAAUCAAGGCAACUCGCAAGCCUCGACUCCGCCGAUGUGGGCAUCAGAUUCCCUCGAACAGGUGCGCUCCAGCUCACAGAAAACAUCAAGACCGGCGGCCGAUACGCCGACCUCUUGCUUGUGAAAAGGGACUCCAUUUCGAGCCACCCGGGUAUCGCUCGCGUCCUAGACCCAGAAUGGAUCGAUACCAGCGUCGUGACAUCCUGGAAGCAGCAAUGCGCGUCCUCCCACGGCCCCAAAUGCGCCAAUCCCGUCAAGAUCUGGCCGAUUCGUCCAGCCUGGGUGGUAGACACCGAGAAGCGAUGCAUCGUCCCAGGGGAGGGCUGCGAAUCGUACGCCACGCUGAGCUACCGCUGGGGCAAGACGCCCGGAUUGCACAUCCUCGGCGAUACAAUCUCGAAGCUCCAGUCGCCUGGCGCCAUUGACGACCCUGCUAUCGCUUCACAACUCGCACCCAUGGUACUUCACGCGGUGCACCUUACAUCUGUCAUUGGCGAGCGGUACCUCUGGGUCGACACCCUCUGCAUCAACCAUGACCGGGCAGAAGAGAGCACUCGGCAGCUCCAGCUUAUGGCCGCCAUCUUCGCAAACGCUUCACUCACCAUCGUCGCACUCGAUGGUGAUGCCGAGGACGGCUUUCCCGGUCUGCGGGGCCGCGCGUGGACCUACCAAGAGUUCAAGAUGUCCCCACGGCGCCUCAUCGUCAGUAAUCACUCUCUGCACUGGAUGUGUCAGUGCAGCGUAUGGGAGGAGCAACUUCACCUUGGCGUUGAGGCUGGCAAGUACAUUGAUCCCCGCUUAGGCGAGAUCAUGCGCGGGAUGCCAAAUCUCGACUCCUUGGCCAACAUGAUUGCAGACUACAACCCGAGAGCUCUGACGUACGACGAAGAUGCCCUGCCCAGCAUCAGCGGUCUACUAAACGUCAUCAGUCGGUGCUUCUCGGGCGGCUUCCUCUAUGGCAUCCCGGAGAUGUACUUCGAAGCGGCACUCGCUUGGACGCCGUACUGGAGCCACACCGAUCUCCGACGACGGACUGUCUCUGAUCGCCCCACUGCCAGCCAGCUCGGUCCAUGCGGUCUUCCGUCUUGGUCGUGGGUGGGUUGGGAAGGUCUCGUCUCCCUCGGGCGCAAUGAAGCCGGUCCAGCGAAUCCUCUGGCUUACUCAAUCAGAGAGACAUUCCCCAUCACCACGUGGUACGCCCGCGACACACCGACAUCAGCGCAGAAAAGAGAAAUCAGACGCUCCUGGUUCGAGAAUCGCCAGGCGUACAAGGACUUUACUCGGCCCUUGCCUCCAGGGUGGACUCGACAAGAGAUUUCUGGACAUGGCGAGGAGGGGGACGUACUGCUUUACCCCGAUGGAUGCGACAAGUAUACCUUUAGACACAGUAGCAUGUCUGACCAUGACGACGAGCACCCGUGGUACUGGCCUUUUCCCGUGCCGGACAUUCAGGAAUCGACGCAGCCGUUCAUGCCGGAACAGACCCUGUACAUUAGCUGCGACACCCGCGGCGCCCGCGUGUCUGCUUUUCAGACAGACCAACAUAAUGACGUCUCGCUCUAUGGUGACGAGAAAAAGAUUGGGGGGUUGCGAUUGCACAACAAGAGUCAACUCGAAAGCUUCCCCCAGCUGGAUGCCGGCUGGGCUGCUGCGAAGGAGGUCGAGUUGGUUGCCAUCUCCCGUGUGCGAAACUACAGAAAGACCUUUGAUGAGACGAUCAAACGCUACACGCACCCAGUCACGGCCUCAGAGGUGUAUAGCGUGCUGUGGGUGGAGUGGAUCGACGGGGUCGCGUACCGCCUCGCGAGUGGCCAUGUCGACAAGACUGCGUGGGAGGGACUGCCUCUAGAGGAUGUGUCUUUGAUUCUGGGGUGA